AUGGCCACUCCACCUGCCAAGAUCAAGACUGCCAUUGGUGCAAAUGAAAGACUGAGAAACUUGAAAACUUCAUUUGAAGCAAAGUAUGGAGAAUCUCCUCUUUUCUACGCAUGUGCACCUGGAAGAGUCAAUCUGAUAGGAGAGCAUAUUGAUUACUGUGGCUACUCUGUGCUUCCAAUGGCCAUUGAGCAGAAUAUUGUGGCUGCAGUAUCAGUGAACAGCUCGGGGACAAUCCAGCUGGCCAAUACAAAUCCUCAGUACAAAGAUUACAAUGUGUCUUCGGAAGGCAUUGUCAUAGACAGGGACAAUCCAAAGUGGCAUUAUUACUUUCUUUGUGGAGUUAAAGGUAUUCAGGAGACAUUUGAGAUGGCUCGUUUAGCCGGAAUGUCAUGUCUCGUGGAAGGAACCAUUCCUCCCAGUUCUGGCCUCUCCAGUUCGAGUGCCUUGGUGUGCUGUGCAGGCCUUGUUACAAUGGAGGCAAAUAAAAAGUCCCUCUCCAAGGUGGCCCUUGCUGAGAUCUGUGCCAAAUGUGAGCGCUACAUUGGUACAGAGGGAGGGGGCAUGGACCAGUCCAUAUCCUUCCUGGCAGAGGAAGGAACUGCCAAACUGAUCGAGUUUCAGCCUCUGCGGGCCACAGACGUCAAGCUGCCGGAUGGGGCUGUGUUCGUUAUCUCCAACUGCUGCGUCGAAAUGAACAAAGCCGCUUCUUCUCACUACAACAUCCGUGUGGUGGAGUGUCGGAUCGCCACAAAGAUGCUGGCGAAGGCGAGAGGUCUGGAAUCGAGCGUGUUAUUGAAACUAGCUCAGGUUCAGACGGAGCUGAAGGCCUCUCUGGAGGAGAUGCUGGCUCUCGUGGACGAGGUCUUGCAUCCUGAGCCGUACAGCAGAGAGGAAAUCUGCAAAGUGCUGGGAGUCACCUCAGAGCAGUUUUCAGCAGAUCUGCUGAGCGCUAACACUCAGCACCUGACGCACUUCAGGCUCUACCAGCGAGCCAAGCAUGUCUACGGUGAAGCUGCGCGGGUGCUACGCUUUAAGAGCGUCUGCGAUUCUGCACCUGCUGAUUCCAUCCACCAACUUGGAGAGCUGAUGAACCAGAGCCACGCAAGCUGCAGAGAUCUUUACGAGUGCAGCUGCCCUGAACUGGACCAACUGGUGGACAUCUGCCUGAAGUCUGGAGCUGUGGGUUCAAGGCUGACGGGAGCAGGUUGGGGAGGAUGUGCUGUCUCCAUGGUCCGCAGCGAGAAGGUGGAGUCGUUCCUCCAGGCCGUCAGAGAAGCCUACUACCUCUGUGACCCACGGCGAGCAGCGAUGGAGAAAGAGAGUUUGUUUGUGUCGAAGCCGGGUGGAGGAGCUGCGAUUUUGAUUGAGGAGUGAAAUGUGUCGUCUGCAUCUGCUCCUAACAAAAUCAUUCUCUUUACAUACAGAAGGAAUUAAAUAUUAGGGGGAAAAAAUCUGAAAAUUGAUGCAAAAGCACUACAGAUUAUGCUGGGAUUAUGAGGGCACACUUUUUUAAAAAAAAUUUAAAAAGUCUAAUGGUAAGAUUUUUCUGAUGAAAUGUUUUGAUUAAAUAAUUUUCACUUUAUCUCAAUCAGCUUUUCAGCCAAUUUCUCUGCCUUUUCUUACAUUCAUAUUUUGGUCCUGUAUAAUAUGAAUCUGAUUUUGUUUAGCUCUUUGAAAAAAAAAAACAAUAAAAGA